AUGGAGCCAGAUUCAAAUAUACUUGAAUGUAUUGAUAUUGAUGAACAUUGUCAUGUUAGAUUUUCAAAUAUGAAUAAUAUAGAAAAAAAAGGAUUGGGCUAUUAUUCAAUAAAUGAGGCUAGAUUAACAUUAUGUAUUGGAGGAAGAGAAGUUAGAAUUCGUCAAAAUCCAAAUAUUUUUCAUUGUCAUAAAGAGGAUACAGGAAGUGUUUUAUGGAGAGCAUCGGUGGUUUGUUUAGAAUAUCUUCUUUCUCAACCAUGGUUUAUUUGUAAUCUACAAGAAUUCCAAAUUAUUGAAUUAGGAGCGGGUAUUUCAGGAAUAGGAGCUAUUUUAUUAGGAGAAAAGGUUGACAAAUACAUUUCUACAGAUAGAGAACAUAUUUUGAAAUAUUUAUACAAAAAUAUAGAUGAAAAUCUUAAAAUUAAAACAAAGAUUAAAGGAAAACAAGAAUCUUCUCUUGAAGAAAUAAAUAUAUAUGUAAUGGAGCUUAAUUGGUUUGAGAAACCAAAAACAUAUUUAAAAAACUUAGAGGGUUUUUUGGGGGAAACAUCUAAGAAUCUUUGUAUUCUAGCAUUUGAUACUAUAUAUAAUCCAAAUAUUACAAUUCACUUUGUCAAUACAUUAGUAUCAAUUUUCAAUCAUUUUCAAGAAAGGAAGAUACUUGCAAUAAUAGGGUUAGAACUUCGAAAUUAUGAUACACUUUAUGAUUUUCUUGAAAAAAUGCAAUCACACUUUUUUAUUCAAACCAUUUGUGAUGAACAAUUGCAAAAAGAAUAUCAAAUAUACAUUGUACAAUCAAAAUAG